GCAUUCCUCCACUCACAGGGAGUCAUCCAUAGAGACAUCAAAAGUGAUUCCAUUCUUCUGGCCAGUGAUGGAAGGGUAAAAUUAUCUGACUUUGGGUUUUGCGCUCAAGUGUCCACUGAAUUACCGAAACGCAAAUCAUUGGUUGGAACGCCUUAUUGGAUGGCACCCGAAGUUAUAUCAAGGCUUCCAUACGGUCCAGAAGUGGACAUUUGGUCGUUGGGUAUAAUGGUUAUCGAGAUGUGUGACGGAGAGCCUCCCUUUUUCAAUGAGCCCCCACUGCAGGCCAUGCGACGCAUCCGUGAUAUGCCUCCUCCGAGACUCAAGAAUGUCCACAAAGUGUCGCCCCGUUUACAGGCUUUCCUCGAGAAGAUGUUAGUUCGCGAUCCGACUCAACGGUCGACAGCAUUGGAAUUACUUCAGCACCCAUUCCUUCGUCAGGCCGGACCGCCCAGUCUUUUGGUUCCGUUGAUGCGCUCAUUCCGUCACAGCCCCUGUUGAGCACCUGUUGACCAUCUCUUCACC